CAGCAGCCGCCUGCCGCUCAGCGCCUCGCUCGCCUUCUCCGACCUCACCGAGGAGAUGCUGGACUGCGGCCCCGGCGCCUUCGUGCACGAGCUGGAGGAGCUGCGCGCGGAGAAUGACUAUCUCAAGUCUAACGGUCCCACAGGCCGGGAGGAUGAUGUCGUGGGAGAGCCUGGAUCAGAGGCAGCUCCCUACCUCCCAGGAUACUGUCUUCUGGCCCCAUGCGCCCUCCCCUCCCCCAGCCUCCCCGAGUUCCUGCCCCCCAGCUCAGCAUCUCCUACGGGCCAGUUCCACCAGGCCUAUGCAGUCCAAAGAAGUGAAAUAUGGCGCAAGGCCGAGCGCCGCAGCCUCCGAGCCGCCCAGACAGGCCAGGUGGACGGCGAGCUCAUCCGUGGUCUGGAGCAGGAUGUCAAGGUCUCUAAGGACAUCUCCAUGAGGCUGCAUAAGGAGCUCGAAGUGGUAGAGAAGAAGCGGCUGGAGACAGAGAACGAGGAGCUCCGGCAGAGGCUCAUUGAGACUGAGCUGGCGAAGCAGGUGCUGCAGACGGAGCUGGAGCGGCCAAGAGAGCAUUCCUUGAAGAAAAGAGGAACCCGCUCUUUGGGGAAGACGGACAAGAAACCUUCGGUGCAGGAGGACAGUGCAGACCUGAAGUGCCAGCUACACUUUGCAAAGGAGGAGUCCGCCCUCAUGUGCAAGAAGCUCACCAAGCUGGCCAAGGAGAACGACAGCAUGAAGGAGGAGCUGCUCAAGUACCGCUCGCUCUACGGCGACCUGGACGGCGCCCUGUCCGCCGAGGAGCUGGCAGACGCACCCCACUCGCGGGAGACGGAGCUGAAGGUGCAUUUGAAGCUGGUGGAGGAGGAAGCCAACCUGCUGAGCCGCCGCAUCGUGGAGCUGGAGGUGGAGAACCGAGGCCUGCGGGCCGAGAUGGACGACAUGAAGGACCACAGUGGCGGCUGUGGGGGACCCGAGGCCCGGUUGGCCUUCUCUGCACUGGGCGGCAGCGAGUGCGGGGAGAGCUUGGCGGAGCUGCGGCGGCACCUACAGUUCGUGGAGGAGGAGGCGGAGCUGCUGCGUCGCUCCUCCGCCGAGCUGGAGGACCAGAACAAGCUGCUGCUGAGCGAGCUGGCCAAGUACCGUGCAGAGCACGAGCUGGACGUGACGCUGUCGGAGGACAGCUGCUCCGUGCUCAGCGAGCCCUCGCAGGAGGAACUGGCAGCCGCCAAGCUGCAGAUCGGCGAGCUCAGCGGCAAGGUCAAGAAGCUGCAGUAUGAGAACCGUGUGCUGCUCUCCAACCUCCAGCGCUGUGACCUCGCUUCCUGCCAGAGCACUCGGCCAAUGCUGGAGACCGACGCCGAGGCCGGGGACUCUGCCCAGUGUGUGCCCGCACCCCUGGGCGAGGCGCACGAGCCCCACGCGGCGCGGCUGUGCAGGGCCCGGGACGCCGAGGCUCUGCCAGGGCUGAGGGAGCAGGCAGUCCUGGUCAGUAAGGCCAUCGACGUCCUGGUGGCCGAUGCCAACGGGUUCUCAGCGGGUCUGCGGCUGUGUCUAGACAAUGAGUGUGCCGACUUCCGGCUACACGAGGCUCCCGACAACAGCGAGGGCCCCAGGGACACCAAGCUUAUCCAUGCCAUCCUGGUGAGGCUGAGCAUGCUCCAGCAGGAGCUCAACAUCUUCGCCCGGAAGGCCGACACGGUCCUGGGAAGCUCCGCCAAGGAGCAGCCAGAGCCCUUUUCUCAGGGGCCCUCCAAGGAGAUUCUUCUGGCCAAAGACCUCGGCUCAGACUUCCAGCCAUCUGACUUCAGGGACCUGCCAGAAUGGGAGCCCAGGAUCCGAGAGGCCUUCCGCACUGGUGACAUGGACUCCAAGCCUGACCCCAGCCGGAGCUUCAGGCCUUACCGGGCUGACGACAAUGAUUCCUACGCCUCUGAGAUCAAGGAGCUGCAGCUGGUGCUGGCUGAGGCCCAUGACAGCCUUCGGGGCUUGCAAGAGCAGCUGUCUCAGGAGCGACAGCUACGGAAGGAGGAGGCCGACAACUUCAACCAGAAGAUGGUCCAGCUGAAGGAGGACCAGCAGAGGGCGCUCCUGAGGCGGGAGUUUGAGCUGCAGAGUCUGAGCCUCCAGAGGAGGCUGGAGCAGAAGUUCUGGAGCCAGGAGAAGAACAUGCUGGUGCAGGAGUCUCAGCAGUUCAAGCACAACUUCCUGCUGCUCUUCAUGAAGCUCAGGUGGUUCCUCAAGCGCUGGCGCCAGGGCAAGGUUUUGCCCAGCGAGGGGGAUGACUUCCUUGAGGUAAACAGCAUGAAGGAGCUGUACCUGCUGAUGGAAGAAGAGGAGAUCAACGCCCAGCAUCCUGAUAACAAGGCCUGCACGGGGGACAGCUGGACCCAGAACACGCCCAAUGAGUACAUCAAGACGCUGGCCGACAUGAAGGUGACGCUGAAGGAGCUGUGCUGGCUGCUCCGGGAUGAACGCCGUGGUCUGACUGAGCUUCAGCAACAGUUUGCCAAAGCCAAGGCCACCUGGGAGACCGAGCGGGCAGAGCUCAAGGGCCAUGCCACCCAGAUGGAGCUGAAGGCUGGGAAGGGAGCCGGGGAGCGAGCAGGGCCCGACUGGAAGGCAGCCCUGCAGCGGGAGCGUGAGGAGCAGCAGCACCUCCUGGCCGAGUCCUACAGCGCUGUCAUGGAGCUGACGCGGCAGCUGCAGAUCAGUGAGCGCAACUGGAGCCAGGAGAAGCUGCAGCUGGUGGAGCGGCUGCAGGGCGAGAAGCAGCAGGUGGAACAGCAGGUGAAGGAGCUGCAGAACCGCCUCAGUCAGCUGCAGAAGGCUGCCGACCCCUGGGUCUUGAAGCACUCAGACCUGGAGAAGCAGGACAACAGCUGGAAAGAGACACGCAGUGAGAAGAUCCACGACAAGGAGGCUGUUUCUGAAGCUGAGCUUGGGGGAACCGGCUUAAAGAGGACCAAAUCUGUUUCCUCCAUGUCUGAGUUUGAAAGUUUGCUCGACUGCUCCCCCUACCUUCCUGGCGGGGACGCCCGGGGCAAGAAGCUGCCCAACAACCCUGCCUUUGCCUUUGUGAGCACCGAGCCGGUGGAUCCAGAGAAGGAUGCCAAGGAAAAGCCUGGGCUGUCAUCGCGGGACUGCACCCGCCUGGGCGCACUGACCUGCCAGGACCCCGCGGGGAGGCAGAUGCAGCGCAGCUACACAGCUCCUGAUAAGACGGGCAUCCGAGUCUACUACAGCCCCCCAGUGGCACGGCGCCUGGGUGUCCCCGUGGUGCAUGACAAGGAGGGUAAGAUCAUCAUCGAGCCCGGCUUCCUCUUUACCACAGCCAAGCCCAAAGAGUCAGCUGAAGCAGACGGACUGGCCGAGAGCUCCUAUGGCCGGUGGCUCUGCAACUUCUCACGGCAGCGCCUGGACGGGGCCACAGGGGGCAGCCCCUCAGCAGCCGGGCCUGGCUUCCCUGCUGCCCUGCACGACUUUGAGAUGUCUGGCAACAUGAGUGACGACAUGAAGGAAAUCACCAACUGUGUGCGCCAGGCCAUGCGCUCGAGCUCGCUGGAGAGGAAGGUGAAGAGCACGUCCAGCCAGACGGUGGGGUUGGCCAGUGUAGGCACGCAGACCAUCCGUACGGUCAGCGUGGGCCUGCAGACUGACCCGCCCCGCAGCAGCCUCCACAGCAAGAGCUGGUCACCCCGUAGCUCCUCUCUCGUGUCUGUGCGCAGCAAGCAGAUGUCCUCCUCCCUGGACAAGGUCCACUCACGCAUCGAGCGGCCCUGCUGCUCGCCCAAGUAUGGCUCACCAAAGCUGCAGAGGCGCUCCGUGUCCAAGCUGGACAGCACCAAGGACCGCAGCCUGUGGAACCUGCACCAGGGCAAGCAGAACGGCUCAGCCUGGGCCCGCUCCACCACCACGCGAGACAGCCCAGUGCUGAGGAACAUCAACGACGGGCUGUCCAGCCUCUUCAGUGUGGUGGAGCACUCAGGGAGCACGGAGUCUGUCUGGAAACUGGGCAUGUCUGAGGCCCGGGCCAAGCCCGAGCCUCCCAAGUACGGCAUCGUGCAGGAGUUCUUCCGAAACGUGUGCGGCCGUGCGCCAAGCCCCACGUCGGCCCCUGGGGAGGACAGCUCCAAGAAACCAGAGCCCCUCUCCCCGGCCAGCUAUCAUCAACCAGAGGGCGUGGCCAGGAUCCUGAACAAGAAGACAGUCAAGGCAGGCAGCAGUGAGGAGGCCAGACCCACCAUGCUUCCCCAGGUGGGGAAGGAUGGUGUCCUCCGGGAUGGAGACGGAGCCACAGUCCUUUCCAGUGAGGAUGCCGUUUGUGACUGUAGCGCCCAGUCUCUCACUUCCUGCUUCGCCCGGCCAUCCCGCUCUGCUGUCCGCCACUCUCCUUCAAAAUGCAGGCUGCACCCAUCCGAGUCCGGCUGGGGUGGGGAGGAGAGGGUGGCACCCCCCAGCGAGUGACUGAGCAGCCAAGCUCCCCGCCUCAACAGCCCGGUCCCUGGAUGGCAGAGGGGAACUAACAGAGACAAGGUGAGGGGCCCAGGCCCUGGCACCACCUCGUCCUGGCGGGAACACAGCUACACCACUGCCAGAGAACAGCUUCACAGCAAGGUAAAGCAGGGUCUUUUCUGCUGACUACGGGGAGAAAGACCAAACCGGCCUGCAGAAGCAUCUCAGAGCAAUCGGUCCGAAGCCAGUCCCUGGGUCCUGAGGGUGAGGUUUGCCUGUUCUACCCACACACACUUCUUGCAAGAGCUCAAAAAAGGAUACACUUCUGGCCAGGCCCCUGGGGAAAGAGAGUUCAUGGAAGUGCUCCCUCCUGACCGUAUGCCCUUCACUAGGGAGGAGACAUCGCUGAGAAGAUCUGGCUUUGCUCCAGCGUUUAACUUGGGGUCCUGGUAGAGCUGAGCUGGGUGUGACCCUUCACCCCCUUCUCUCUAUCUCCCCUCCCAGCCCUACUGCUCUGGAUUGCUGGGCUCUAGGGAGUAUGAUAGGGCAGUAAUCAGGGACAAGUGUCUGCUUGGAAUCCCGGAGCCCUGGAUCUCCCUGCCCACGGCCUGGAUGUAACAAGAACUGGGAGUUGAGGUGGGAAUGUACAGGGCUCAGGUAAGGGAGCCAUGGGAAUUUCUUCCCUUGCCAAAGUGAUUCGGAGGCCCCCAACCUUCCCAGGAUACUCCUUGAGGAUAGGUAGAGUCGUUCUCACAGGACCUGGUGCAUAGAUAAAUUCCUACACGCCCACUGCCUUGAUCUCUGGGGCC